ACUCAUCAUUAGAGCAGUGCAGCAUCUACUCACUCACACCACACCAGCUCUCCAUCCAGCACAGUGAGAAACAGCCACAGCUUGGUUCAUUCUGGCCACAGCUGUUCACUUCUUCGUUCCACAUGUUCAGGUGCUAAACGACAAUGGAAUGCUCUGAACUGAGCAUCACUUCCUCAGACUUCCCAUACUUCUUCAGUGAAGACGGACGUCUGCUCCACAGAGACAGUCACAAGCCUUACAAGUUCUCCUUCAAGCUUACUGACGUCCAGGGAACUCUGAAAGAACAUCUUUCCCUUUGCCAGCACAUCACUCAGCACUUGAGUAACAUCCUCGAGGAGCAGCUUAACCUGAUCAAGGUGUUCCUGGACAAAGGAACCCAUGAUAACUCCUGUUCUUCUGGGUUUGUGUACAUGAGCCCGGGGGCACUUGUUCAGCGUGGAACUCUGAUGGUUCUGAUCCCGGAUAAGGGCACAGUAAAGUGUGGAGUGUGGAGCUGGAAGGCUGUGGCUCAUGAAGGUAUAGAACAGGGCAGUCAGGUGCCAUAUGUGCGCUGGGCUCUGGGGCAAUCCUGUGCGGUUCUGUUGAUGAAUCCUAAUGAAGGAGACCUGUCCCCAGAGGAGCACGUCCGACGGGUCUGGGAACGCUUUUUGUCUAAGAGUGUGGCUGAGCGAAUCACGGUGGUUGCCCAUGGCUAUGGAGGCCUGGCUUUCGUCCAUCUACUGUGCCAUCAACUACACGAAGUCCGACAAAGAGUUUGGGCGGUGGCCUUUAUCGACUCCUCCCAUAGCAUGUGGCAUCAGCCUUUGGGAGCGUCAGGCCGUGAUUGGCUGAAGGCUCAUGCUAGAAUGUGGAUCCUUAGCAGCAAACCCAUGAACCGCCAACUGGGGUCCCUCAAGGCCGGGUGCCGAGUGAUGUCAGCAGGGACGCAGUGCCACCACACGGCACCUGCGGCCUGCAUGGAGGCGGUGUUUCGAUUCUUCGAUAAACUGAUGAGGCCUAAAUCUGCGCCCGCCAUCUCCGGCAUCGUUACCCGGAGCAGGAGUUUCGGAGGGAGGAAUAUGACCCAAGUCACCAACGACAUGAACAAUAAUAAGCCAGCUGGGAGGCGUUCGGUACUUAAAUCAUGAGUGUCUGGACGGUUAAUGCAACUGUUGUUGCUGGGUCGAUGGUGUAAAUUAUAUAAUAAGCCUAACAACAAUAAUAAAUAUGUACAAGCAUCAAAUGUAUACCGUAAAUUUUCU